ACACCCCGCUGUAAACGGGGUCGGGGGGAAGGCGAGUGGCGCUCCGGAUUAAAGAUGUAGCGCGGGGCGGGGGCCCCCGGCCACAUGGCGCAGCUUGGCGCGCGCACGGCCGGCUCCCCGCUACCCGUAGAAAGCCCGCUAGCCGUGCCCCGCCCCUUGGACUGUACUAUUCCACCCUGGGCCGUACCAUCCUGUCGCAGCGGGGGCGGAGCUGCUGCAGCCCAGCCGGAAUUAGCGGAGGCGGGCGCGGCAGGCGCCGCUGGUUUGUCAGCGGCCUGCUCGGAAGGCGCGGCUGCCCCGUCUCUCUUCUUCCUUCUCUCCUCCCCCGCCCGCUGGGCCAUGCGCGGUCCCGCCCGGCGUUAGGAGCGGCCCGGAGCGCGGUUGGCUGGCAGGGAGCUUCCCUCAGAUUUUCUUUGCCUGCACUGUAACAGUGAGAGAGAAACAGCUUCAAGAGGAUGAGUGAAUUGGAACAGUUACGGCAAGAAGCGGAUCAACUGCGGAAUCAAAUCAGAGAUGCCAGAAAAGCAUGUAGUGAUACAACUCUUGCUCAGAUCACCACAAGUCUGGACUCAGUGGGUCGAAUCCAAAUGCGAACAAGACGUACGCUGAGAGGUCACUUAGCUAAAAUUUAUGCUAUGCACUGGGGAUCUGAUUCAAGGCUACUAGUCAGCGCUUCUCAAGAUGGAAAAUUAAUUAUUUGGGAUAGUUAUACAACAAAUAAGAUGCAUGCCAUUCCGUUGAGAUCUUCCUGGGUGAUGACCUGUGCAUAUGCUCCUUCUGGCAACUAUGUUGCUUGUGGUGGAUUGGACAACAUCUGUUCCAUAUAUAAUUUGAAAACCAGAGAGGGCAAUGUGAGAGUGAGCAGAGAGUUACCAGGGCAUACAGGAUACUUGUCCUGCUGUCGUUUUCUAGAUGACAACCAAAUUGUUACAAGUUCAGGGGACACCACCUGUGCUCUUUGGGACAUUGAAACUGGUCAACAGACCACCACGUUCACUGGGCAUACCGGAGAUGUGAUGAGCUUAUCCCUAAGUCCAGACAUGAGGACUUUUGUUUCUGGUGCCUGUGAUGCCUCCUCCAAGCUUUGGGAUAUUCGUGAUGGAAUGUGCAGGCAGUCUUUCACAGGGCAUGUGUCUGAUAUUAACGCAGUUUGUUUCUUCCCUAAUGGACAUGCAUUUGCAACUGGUUCUGAUGAUGCCACUUGUCGACUCUUUGACCUGCGUGCAGAUCAGGAGUUAAUGAUGUACUCCCAUGACAAUAUCAUCUGUGGAAUCACUUCUGUAGCCUUCUCAAAAAGUGGUCGUCUCUUGCUAGCUGGCUAUGAUGACUUCAACUGCAAUGUGUGGGAUACUCUGAAGGGGGAGAGAGCAGGUGUCCUUGCUGGCCAUGACAACCGUGUCAGCUGUUUAGGUGUUACUGAUGAUGGCAUGGCUGUAGCUACAGGGUCUUGGGACAGUUUUCUCAGAAUCUGGAAUUAACUGGGAGACAAACAUGUACAUUCUCCAUUGAGAUCUGGAGAGAUCAAUGCUGCAGCCUAUAGCUGUGAAAUAACAUUUCUACCUUGUAUUUGCAGGUGAAGUUUUUCUAUUCACUGAUUAUUACACAAAAAGGCUUUCUGUAAACUAGAAAAAAAUCAAGUGAAGAAAUAGGGGUGGGGGUGGAGAAAUCACUGACUUUUAAUAAGGGGCCAGGCCAGCACACAUCAUCAUGGUGACUGAAAAACUAAGAGCCAGUCUGUUUUUGUUUUUGGUGGUUUGGUUAGACUGUCCUCAAGGGAUUUCUGCUUGUGUUCAAAGUCUGCUAAUUCUGUACUUUUUUUUGUACAUAACAGAAUAUACACAUUAUAGCAGCCAAUCAUGUAACAUUUGUCUGUAUGUAAAGAAAUAUGUUUGCAUUUUUUAAGGAACUACAUUUAUAGCUUUGCAUUUAACCUGAGAUGUCACUUCUGAGUUUUGUAGUGGAUGAACUAGAUUGUUGUUUUAAACGCUUUUGUGAAUUUACUGUAGAUAAAGUGAAGCCAAUGGUAUGUAUGUGUUUUUAUAAUGGAAGGCAUUUGAAUUACUACUUUUUUUUUUU